AUGAAGGCCUCCCAACAAUUGAUUCGACGAUGCAGUUUAUUGGAUAGCGCUCGUGGAUCUCUGCAACGACAAACUACAGCGAACAGCAGUCUCAAGAGAAAGUAUCCUCUUCCAGCCUUUCCAAUAAAGCCUCAUCACGUGGAAACUCGAUUGUUGGGUGCCACUCCGUCUGAUUUCCACGAGACUUUGUGUGAGGCAAUACGAAAUGCCCAGGAACGAGUCUAUCUGGCGUCUCUCUAUAUUGGACCAGGAGCUUUGGUGAAAUAUGAACAAGAACAUGAAUUGCUAGAUGCUCUUCGGUCAACCAAGGAAGAUGUCGACGUGAAGAUCAUUCUGGAUCAGAAUAGAGCCUUGCGAGAAGUUCCAUGCGACAAUGGAGAAAUGACAAGUUCAGCCCAAGCGGUAGCAGAUGCGAUUAAACUGCAGGAUAAUCACAAACUGCAUCUGUUUCAGGUGCUGCCCACCUCAUUGGAUGCUCUCCUUCCCAAUCCGCUCAAUGAAGUGGCAGGAGUCUUUCACAUUAAGGCUUAUAUUGUUGACGAUUCACUCAUAUUGUCGGGGGCCAAUUUGAGUGAAGAAUACUUUACAGAUCGACAAGAUCGAUAUCUUUGCUUCAGUGAUGGAGGCAAUGGGUUGGUAGACUUUUAUGCAAAACUGAUAGAUAGUCUAUGUGACAACUCGGUGGCCUAUCAACAAGGCACAACCAACACAAAUGUGAAGAAAAUCAUGUCGCCAGCCUCCAACACUAGACUACUGAGUGAGAUCAAUGACUUGUUUUGCAGUGAGGAUCCACGAACGGCAGAGCAACUCCUGACAGAGGAUUCUGAUACAAUUGCAGUAUGUAUGCCAACCUUUCAUGCACCAAGUGGGUUUUGGGAUGAGGCUCCAGAAUAUUGGACCGAUAUUGAAGCAACCUUGUCACUACUGAGAGAGGGUGGAUCUGAUGAUACAACAUCGCGUAUACACCUAUCCAGCGCCUACCUAAAUCCCAUGCCCGAUCUACUGAAAUCCGUGCAGCACUAUCCCGAAGCAAACUUUGUCACUGCUGGACCACUGUCACACGGAUUUCGACCGAAAAAGCAGCAGUCAGGAAAUAAGGGGAAAGCAUGGAUUCCUACCGUCUUUGACCAUUUGAUUUAUGAAGCAUCCAAAGAAACUCAUGCCAACAUGUGGCAUUGGGAAAGAAAAGAUUGGACCUUUCAUUCCAAGGGAAUAUGGAUAGAAGAAGGCGAAGAACUGCUUUCGCACGUCGUUGGGUCCAGUAACUUUGGAGGUCGUAGCUUCGAACGAGACAUGGAAAGUAACCUGCUCAUGGUUUUUCCACCUUCUAAAUCCAGCGAGGUUUCCAUAUCGCUGCAGGAUGAAUGGGGUGAAUUGAUGAAACACUCGAAACAAGUGAAUACGAAAGAAGUUCUGGAUUCCGCACCCGAGUUGCCAAUCCAUGUCAAGUCUGUUUUGCCAUUCAUAAAGAGCUUCUUCUAA